UUAUCUUUACAAAGGUUUAACUUAACUUUCUGUGCUCCAAAUGCCACGCUGGAGUCCAACCCCGGCGAUGUUCAGCCGCCCUGUCGCAGCUGUUUCGGCUCUUUGAGCUCUUUUUAUGGACGUUAAACAAGUCAAAUCAUAAUAACUUUUGAGCUGAGCGUUAAUAAUUAAUUAACGCUGCCAUGCAGCGUUAGGAAACACACCACACAAAAAGACCUUUAGAAGGAUUUUUUUUAAAGAUGAGUGAGGACUCCAUUCAUGGUUAUCGAUAAGCCGAUUAGCUGAUCUGAUUAUUAUUAAAGUUCAGGUCGGCUGAUAAGACAGCUUUGUUAGGACACUCAUUCAGUUUUUCGCCAUUGUUGAUAACAUCUUUUGGCUUAAAUCCCCCUCCGUAUUCCAUCCGCAUUGAUCCAAGGAGCCAAUGACUCGUCCUUCUCAGAUAUGAGGGCUUGCUCAUGAUGACCUACACAUUUUCGGAUUUCAAAAUGCCAGUCCAAAAAAACAAGUAAUUGGAGGACUUCAUCAAGGGGCUCCAUUUCACACAUAUUUAAGCACAAACACUGUAUUUAAUGUCAAGACUACAGAUAUUUUAAGUAGUACAGAAGGAAAGCUGCAGUCCAAGCUUAAAGUACAGCAGGAAAUGUUAGGCAGUGUCUGUAAUUUGAAAAUAUGCCACUCUGAAAGUCAAUCUAUCUGCGUCCACCUUGAUUUAAACUGGGGAAGCGCUGAGGAAACUGGUGCAUUUAAAAUGGGUUCAGUCAAAACAAAUGAAAAUGCAACGAUCCUGGUUUGGUACUGGUCUAAAGAGGUCUGAGCUGGUUUUGGAAAACCCCUCUUCGUUUUGCAAACUGUUUAACAGCAGAACAGAGUAGUGAAACCACGAGACAGGGAAAAAAGGAAGCCAGAGGAACAGCAGUUCACUCAAGCGAGGGCAGUAGAUGUGCUGUCAUUACCACAGAAGUGCGUCGUCUUAAAAAUACCAAACAAAACACCGGAUUGUUAUCAUGUGAUGUGAAAAGGGGCACAGCAUAAUGUCAAUCAAGAGAGACGAUCCAGCAUGGACCAGCACUCGUUAAAGGAGAUUAUGCUGUGGUUUAAGAGUCCUUCUCUGGACUGGGACCUUGACGGAUCUGCCUAACCUCCCGUGUCACAGUCUUCACCAUCGUCAUAAUUUAUUUUGAUAUCUUUUUACCUGUAGGACAGUGUUCAGAACAGAGGAGCUGGACUCUCACUGGAACAGACUGAAAAUUCCCUGAUUUUUUUUUUUGUUUGUUUGCUUUUGUUUUGUUUUCAUUAAUUUAUUGUGACAUGCAGACGCGGGCAGAAGUUGUCCCUGCUGCACGGACACAGACAGCACCUGACAACAGCGAGGUAAAGGUGUAAACGCGAUUCUAGAGUGCACUCAUCAAGCAGACAAGCUGACCGAGAGACAGACAGCCAGAAAAAGCAAAGUGACAAGCUGAUAGACGGUGAAAUUCGUCACACUCGCACGGGUCGCCAUGCCAGAGUCACAAGGUUUUCACCAAAACGGGACGCCUGGGGAAGAAGGCUCACAAGGGUCUUUAGUGCCAAACAUUAUGGUCAUCUCCAGCGAUGGGAAGAGCAGAAUCUCUGGAGGAAAUGUCCUGGAGCUCGACGACUUCAGCGAAACAACAAACGGGAUGAAACCACCCAGACAAAGCGAUGGCGUUGACAUUUUGCAAGCUGGACCCUGUGAAUCCCAGGUUUCCGUAGAGGUGGGUGUGGUGAAAGCAAUGCAGGUCCCUGAACCUCUCGAGGCCAGUUCUAUGUUCAAGGGGACAGGUGUGACCCCACAGGCCACGGAUCUCGAUGUCCUGGUCAACUCAUCCUCUGAUAGGCUACAGGCUGACAUUGCAGCCUCUCUGCAAAUGAACGGCGGCAGCGACUCUGACUACAGCAGCACUAAGUCCAGCCCGGGUUACGCUUGCACCAGUUUCAGCACCGACCUCUGCGACGAAGAGUUACUUGAACUUGAUGGGAGCUCUUUUGAAAAGACGAACCCUGUGUCUUCUGUCAGUUUCCCCGAACCCAGUUCAGACGCUUCUCAUUCGAACAGAAACGGCAACAGUAGUCCGCACGGUGACGGACGCAUUUCCAAAAGCGACUUGGCUGAGAAACCAAAAGCACAAAACUCGCUCAGUGACAGCGUGCCCACGCUCCACCAAGCACGGGACAGCAUCGACGUGAGGUGGGACGACGAGGACAGGGACGAGGACCAGCAAAGCACCCAUUCCAGGCGGACUUUGAAAGAGGGGAUGUGUUGCUGCUACCAGGCGUGCCACAGGGCUUUUCUGCAGUGCGUGGAGGAGACCCCGGCCAUGUUGUCUGGACUGGUGCUGUCACUGGCCUUCUGUGUGGCCAUCAUCGUCCUCAUCCCCACCACAGGAAGGAACAUCGAUGUCCAUGUCGGUGCUCUGUCUGUGGUGUGUGUGGUUCUCUGUCUGAGUGCCGUCCUGCUCGUCUGCCUGCCCUGGCUGGCCACGGUGAGGCGCUGUGGAGGAGCCCUGGCCCUCUUCGUGUGGGGGACGCUUUACGUCACUGCCAUCGUCUUCAUCUUCACCGGAGGUCCUGUGACAACGUGGGAGCAGGUGGCGUUUUUCCUCUUCCUCUCGCUGAGUGUGUACACAGUGCUGCCUCUCUCUAUGGCCUGGGCCCUCAUGGUCGGGAUUGGGACCAGUGUUUCACACAUCAUCAUCAUCAGCGUCUAUGUCCCCGUCACGAGCCCGGAGACGCCGGACCUGGUUGAGCAGCUGGUGGCGAACGCUGUGCUGUUUGUGUGCGUGAACUGCGUCGGGAUUUUCCACCUGUGGAUGACCGAGCACGAUCUCAGGAUAUCCAAUCAGAAGAGAGAGGAGUUCAGCGCCAUUCGCUCGCAGAAGGAAAUAAGGAAAUAUCAGCAGGAGCGGCUCCUCCUGUCGGUGUUGCCACGGUACAUCGCCAUGGAGCUGAAAACGGAGGUGAUAAAGAGGCUCUCCAAGCCCAAGAGCAACGAGGAGAACGAAUCCAAGAUCCACAACUUUCACAGCCUCUACAUACGGCAGCACAAAGACGUCAGCAUCCUGUAUGCAGACAUUGUGGGCUUCACAAAGCUGGCGAGUACCUGCUCACCAGAGGAGCUGGUCGCCGUCCUCAACAAGCUCUUCGGCAGGUUCGAUGACAUCGCCAAGAAGAAUGGGUGUCUUCGCAUUAAGAUCUUGGGCGACUGCUAUUACUGCGUAUCUGGUCUGCCUGACCCCAUCCCCACCCACGCCAAGAACUGUGUUCAGAUGGGACUGGACAUGUGCACUGCCAUCAGUAAACUGCGAGAGGCGACGGGGGUCGAGAUCAGCAUGCGGGUGGGCGUCCACACUGGCAACGUGCUCUGUGGUGUGAUCGGCUUGCAGAAGUGGCAGUAUGACGUGUGGUCACAUGACGUUACGUUAGCCAAUCACAUGGAGUCUGGAGGCCUUCCUGGGCGAGUCCACAUCACAGAGGAGACCCUGCAGCACUUGAAUGGAGUGUAUCACGUGGAGGAGGGGAACGGAGGCAGUCGGGAUCCUCUUCUUACAGGGAGAAAAACCUACCUGGUGAUUGACCCCCGCAAUCCGGACAGCAUUUCCAGGAGACCUAAACUGCCAAACACUCUCGCGGCAGGAGAGAACAGGCAGCGGGCGUCGGUCCGGAUGUCCCAGUACCUGCAGUCCUGGAGGACCAUCCACCCCUUCGCAGACCUAAGCAACCCUGACGCUAAACCUUCCAAGAAGGCGGUCAUCCCCACCAGUGUUGUCAUGAACCUGUCUGCUGAAAAGCCUCCAUGUCAGAACAACGCCUGUUUGGUUGUGGAUAACGGUGUUCGGGGAUCACUGGACACGAUAGACACUGCAGGGAGGAGAUUAAAGAGGCUCAACUGUUUGACUCUGCUGUUCAACGACCUGAGCCUGGAGAGACAGUUUCGCCUUUCGGAAGUGAAGGGUUUGCACCACUCAAUGAGCUGUGUAGCUUUAAUCUUCGUCACGCUUUUCGCCGUCCAGAUGCUUGUUUCUCAGAAUAACUUUGAGAUGGCUGUGUCGUACGGCGCGACCUUCCCUGUGCUGGUUCUGCUCCUGUCCAUCGCUUUCACCGGCUACUUGGAGAAGUGGCGUUCAAAGAUGCCGUUGAGCGUCCAGUGGAUAUCAGGACUGUCCCGCGGCGUCUCCUCCAGGGCGGCGCUGCGAGUCUUUGUGGUGUCCCUCUGUGUGCUCAUCACUCUGCUCAUGGCCGUCCUCAACUUUUUCUUCCUCCCAGGAAACAACUGCACGGCAAUCACCAACAGGACAGAGCUGGAGGGUCUCAGACUCUACACUGUGCCUUACUACCUGUACUGCUGCCUGCUGGCCAUGCUGGGAGUGAUCGUGUUCGUCAGGACGUGCAUGUCAGUGAAGGCGCUGCUGCUCACCCUGGCGGUGGUGGUUUACUUGGCCCUCUUCCUCCACGUUUACGCCCCGAGGUCGUACUGCCUCGUCGACCUGCUUUACAACGACACCAAGCCGGGAGUGCUGAAGGACCCUCAGAUCAUGUCCGGGGUCUGGCUGGUCAUCUUUUACAUUGUAUGCCUCAUACUGGCCAGACAGGAUGAGCUGGGUUGCCGUGUGGACUUCCUGUUGGAGCGUUGUUUCCAGACGGAGCGAGAGGAGAUGGAGACCAUGGAGAACGUCAACAAGCUCCUCCUUCAGAACGUGCUGCCGCUCCACGUCGCCUCCUUCUUCAUGGGAAAACAUAUUCGCAACCAGGACCUGUACAGUCAGUCAUAUGACUGUGUGUGCAUAAUGUUCGCCUCGGUGCCCCAGUUCAAAGAGUUUUACAGCGAGAGCAGCGCCAACAGGGACGGUCUGGAGUGUUUGCGCUUCCUCAAUGAGAUCAUAUCAGACUUUGAUGAGCUUCUCUCAAAGCCCAAAUUUUCUUCAGUGGAGAAGAUUAAGACCAUCGGCAGCACGUACAUGGCUGCCGCCGGGCUCACACACUCGCCUCUGGGGGACGAAAGAAAGAAAGUUGAGAUGUCCUACAGUCAUGUGCGCUCCAUGGUGGAGUUUGCCAUCGCUCUGAUGGGCAAACUCGAACUUAUCAACACACACUCUUUCAACAGCUUCAAACUCAGGAUAGGAAUAAACCAUGGUCCGGUGAUUGCUGGAGUGAUUGGAGCUCAUAAACCUCAGUAUGAUAUCUGGGGGAACUCUGUAAACGUGGCCAGCAGGAUGGAUAGCACAGGAGUACUGGACAAGAUACAGGUGACGGAGGAGACAGCCCAGAUGGUCGAGAGUGUGGGAUACGGCGUCACUCUCAGAGGAGUAAUCAACGUCAAAGGCAAAGGGGAACUCACCACCUACUUUGUUAACACGGACCACUCGUCUCCUCACUUCUGACCUCCACGGCCGACUCUUGCACGGACUUAAACUCGACGCUCGGAACUGGAUGCAAAAUUAGCUGCAAAUGCUAGUGAGUGUUCGUUUUAUUGGUGUGCCAGACGUGCCGGCCUUGUGAACUAACCUGACACUACUUGAGCCAUUCUGGUCGGCCAUUAGGGUAAACAUAAUCAGUGGUAAGGACUACUGGAUGUUGACCCAGGCCUCUGCACUGACUUGAUGCUCAUACAGAGAUGUAGCACUACAGGGUAUCACCUGCUGAUCGUUCACAUCUGCGGAGGAGCUGCCUUUGUCUUUCGGAUGAGACGCUAAAUACAAUCCUGACUGGUUAAAUGAAGACUACUCCUGGCAACUGGAAGCUUUCUACUCAUGGACUAUUUAAUGGCAAACCAUGUUGCUUAUUGUAUCUGUAUUUUAUCUCGGUUAUCAUGUGAAACUGACAUUUGGCAUCCCACAUGUUCCACUGUACCGUUCUGGGAACUUACAAUUGGAAAUUUUUUGUGUUUUUCGGUACACUUGACAUGGCUGAAUCGCAUCCACUGUCCAACAGUGUUCGUGUAUCACUAAUUUAUAUAAAAUAAGGUAUCCAUCUGAGUUGUACCACAAAUUAAUGUAUUUUAUGAAUAGAAGUAGAAGUAGCUUGUCCCUCAAAUAAGCACAUUAACAUUUUUUGCAGUUUAUUUUAUUUUUCGGCUUUCCCAUUUGCAAAACAGCAUUUAUGCUUUGGCUCAGCUUUGUGUGUGUGUGUGUGUGAGAGAGAGUAUGUUGGUACAUUACAUUCAUUAAAUGUAGGACACUUGGGGAA